AUGGACUUCGUCGUCGUAACUCGUUCAAACAAACGAUGCCUUAGAAGGAAAAAAGGGCAGCUCAAUUCCUGCUCCCCGACGGCUCAGUCAAGUCGAAACAAGAAUGACAUAGAAAUAUGGACAACUCAAAAGCUUAAAGAAAAAUUACAACGUGUGGAUGAACUGCUCGAAAACUCAAAAUUUUGGAAACAGUUGUCACCUAAUUUUACAGAAAAGGUACAGGACGUUAUACCAACUCGUAAUCACUGUUUGGUUCUCGGUCUUGGACGAAUUCAUACGACGACAGCUUCUCUACAGCUGUCUUUGCUGUUAAAGAUAAUUCGUAUUUUUGAAAUUAAGGAAACGAAUGUAAGAUUCUAUGAUCCAGUAUUUGAAAAGGAUGACAUUUCUUUCCUCGAAGAAUUUGGCUUCGAAGUUUUAAAACACUCACCAAAGACUGAGAAGCUCGAAGAUACACUGCUUUACAUGCCUCACUGUCCUACGAAUUUGUACGAACAAUGGGUGUCAGUAUUUCAGCCAGACUGGUCGGACUUCGUUUUGUGUGGAAACGAUUUAUCCAUGUACGUUGACACUCGGCCAUCAAAAGAAGUCAAAGCACAAUAUCCAACAAUUUUUGAGGUAUGCAGCAAUAAUGUUUUUGAUAAAAUAUGCUUUCCGAAGUUUGAGGAAGUAUAUGCUUUCAAUGACCUUGCUCUUCAGUUUUGGAAGGGGCUUCCUGAGAAACAGUCGACUUCGUAG